GUCUUCUAUAAAGCCUCCCGUAAAAAUAGUUUUCUUCUUUCAGAAUGUUUCAUCUGCUCUUUUAGCCUUUUAAACCCACAGAUAUGGCAGAAAAUGGGGUAAAAAGAGAGGUAAGUCCAUUAUCUCAGUGAAAAUGCAAAAUGAUUUGUAAUUUUUCUCGUUACCGAUCAGACGACAGUUUCCUUGUUAUUCGUUGAUGCCAUUCUUAUAUUGUUUGUUCUAAGGUUAAUCGGUAACCUCACAGCAAAGUUUACCGAAAAAUUCGAUAAUUUGUUGUUCAGGGAAUUCAUUAAUUUUUCAGUUUUCAUCCUUAAUUUUCUUUUGGUUUUCACUGACAUCUUGUCCCUUCAGAGGAAAAUGAUAAUUAAAAUAUUCUGAUGUAUAUGUUUCAGUUGUGAAUUAUUAUCGGUUCAAAUAUAUUUCAGACCAGUUUUGAGUUGUAUUUUUCUUGGUGUAAUGGAUAAAGUUAUGUACCCAGAACAAAGACAUAAUAAUUUAAACUGGUUUAAGUGAUUCUGAUUGUUAAUUCAUUUUAAUCGACCUCAUGUGAUCAUGGUUAAGUAGAACUUUAUUUAAUCGCUUGAUAUUGUCUUUUUGUGGUCAUUCAAGACAAGGAUGGGCAAUCAACAAGAAAAUGUAUUGGAAUACUGUUCAAUUAACCCUUUAGCCAAAGACAGAAUUGUUCUGUACAAUCUUAAUACAAUAUCAAGCAGACAAGUGGUAAUAUCAAUUAUGGGAUUAUUAGUUGAUCUAAUUCUCCAAACUAACAUUGUAGGAAUGUUCUUAUGGUGUUCUUAUGGAAUCUCUCUUAUUUCUAUCUACAAACAUUACACUAGCGACAUUGCUGAUCCUAGUAGUAUGCAGGACGCGUGUCAUUGAACUUUGUAAUAGACCUCACCCACUAUGGAGUCUCUGUGGCUCAGUGGUAGAACAUUGGAGCAUGGAAUCUGAAGGUCUGAGGUUUGAUUCCUCAUGGCGUCUCAGAAUUUUUUCUUUGUCCCAUGCUCGUGACAAGAUGAAAAAGACAUCUUUCUCUAUCAUAAAAAUUGUGCAGCUGACAGAAUGGAGAACCACCAAUGACCAUGGAAAACUAGAACAAUUUUUUCGUCCCAGCCAACCAACUGUUAGAAGAAGGUGUUGAUAGGGAAUAGGUCUUGACGAAGUGCAGUUCAAAAUUUACAUUAGUCAAUUCAUGAACUGUUAUUGUUAGAUAUAAAAUUUUGCUAUGUAAUCUGAAAUUAUUGGUCAGGAUGGUCUGCUCUAGUCACUAGCAAUGAUUUACAAACAUUAUCAAGGAAUUUGGUAAAAUUUCUCACAUGUUUUAACUCAAUACUUAAUGUCAGUCACUGUUUCUGGACAGUAGUCUUUUCUUGACUACUUUCUCCUGGAAAAUCAGUGAUGAACAGUUACUGCAUGGUUUAGAACAGUUACUUGACUUGUGAAAAUGUUUUGUUAUAUUUCCCAGCUCCUCAAAACUUGUCAAACAUAGUAUUUUGAAGGUUCCAUAUUUGUAGCUCUUUCACUAUGUUAAAAUUGUAUGAGAGAAAACUCCCUUCUCAGUUGGAAGGACGUGAUCAUUAAGUGAUUAUAAAAAGUACCUGUUGUUUAUAUGUUAUAAAAUGUGAAUGGAAUCAAAAUCUUUUUCUUAUCCCUGCUUACAGAAUGCUGCUUCAGGCUCUUCAUCCUCUAACCCCCAAUCACCUACAUCUUCAACAACUCCAGCUGUGAAGAAAAAAAAGCCUGAAGAUUUCAAGUUUGGAAAGGUUCUUGGUGAAGGGUCAUUUUCAACUGUAAGUUUAUCAGAAACUUUGUGAAAGUUUUGAGCCUCCUCCCUCUGCCCUCUGCUGAAAAAAUCACAGUUACUUUUGCAUUGAAAAGAAUCUUGGACUGUAAAUGUAACAUAAGUACGUGUAAGUAUUUCAUGCAUGGCACAUUGAUCAUUUCUUAGCUUCUACAUCCUCCACCCCCCUUUUCCCUACCCCCUUUCUCCCCUUUCCUUUCCCCCCCCCCUCCUCCUCGGCAACCCACACGCCUUUCAGUGGUAUGGUAAUAAGCUCUGUCUUUCCAUAACAGGUAUAUGUUGUGCGAGAAAUAAGUACCGGAAAAGAAUAUGCCAGUAAGUUUAUUAUUGCUUAAAAGUUUGUGUUCUUUGAAUCAUGGUUUUCACCAGCAGUGUAAGUACAAUCACAAGUGGAACAGUUCUCAUUUGCAGUGAAAACAGCUCAGGCUCAAGCACAAGGAUCAGAAUUUUUCUUUUUUCUUUUACUUGCACUUGUCCUUGUAUCGAGAUUGUUUCUAUGGUGAAUCAAGAACUGUUAUACUUGCUGUUCUACUUGCAUUUAUGAUUGUGUCUCCACUGAAAACCAGGCUUUAAUUUACAUUUACAUUGACGACAAAGUUUGUUUUCCUUCUUCUGUCUUAGCCACAGUAUGCUAUCAUAAUAAUUCUUUGUUUGAAGGUUACAUAAUUCUAAAAAUGUUUCCGCACUUUCCCUCCCUUAGUGAAAGUUCUGGAGAAAAGACACAUGAUACGAGAGAAAAAAGUGCAAUAUGUGUCCAGAGAGAAAGAAGUUUUGAGUAGACUCAACCACCCAUUCUUUGUUCGACUAUAUUUUACAUUUCAAGAUAAAGAGAAGCUUUGUAUCCUUUUCAUUCAAGACUGUUGAACAGAGAUAUCACUUAUUACAUAACCCUCGAACCCCUAAGAGUGACUAGCAUCUAAUUUCUCCUUACAAUAUCACCACUGAAUCACAUGUUAAUGUCUGAGGAUAAAGGAAAUGAUUACCAACUAAAGAAACUCAUGAUUGUUAAACGAAUUCUCCUCGUCAGCGCCUUAGUAAAUGUACAGAGAACAGUAUGAAGAAUUUGAAUACUGAUGUUAAGGUGUAAAGGGUUAAUCCUUUAUCUCCCAGAAGUGAUUAACAUGUAACUUCUCCCUUUAAUAUCCAACAUGUAAUGAGAAUACUCCAACUUAUCAGGUAGAAGUUGUUAUCUUAAUUUAAUAUCAAAUUCUCGUAAUUAAUUUACAUGGAAAUGUGUAGUAGCUUGAGGGAAGAAUUAACCAUCAGAUCUUAGGUGUUAAAGAGUUAACAUAAAGUGUUAUUUGGAAUUAAUGCAAAAUUUUUCUUUGAACGUUGCCAGGGUUUCUUUUCGAUAGUUGACGUUUUGGGAUCAGAGUCAGUCGCUGAACAACUGGGCACCUACCCCUCCCCUAACCUAACCAAAAUCAACUAAUAACAAGUAAGGGUUAAUGUUGGGUUGGAGAGGGUAAGUGUGCAGUUUCUCAGAUACUGACAUUGAUCCACAUUUGAUAGAGCUUUGGCCAUCUCUUCAGCAUAACACUGAUGUUUUAGGUUGUUAUUCAAGUUCAACAACACAGAGUCAUUGCAUGCCACAAUGUAUGGAUAUUUAUAAUGAGUACUUUUUGGUGAAUCACAUGAAAAAAAAUCACCAUGAAAUUAUUAUUGUUGUUGGUUAUAUUUGAAUUUAAAAUUACUAGGUCAUUUUCCUUAGCUUUGGCCUCCACAGAUUUUGGUUUAAGCUUUGCAAAGAAAGGAGAAUUGUUACCCUAUAUUAUAAAGGUAGUCAUAUUUAUUUGGUAAUACUUACAUUUACUACUUGUUUGCUUGGGAAUAACUUUAAUUUACAAGGCAGGUAAAUAUUCUGUGUACAAUUAAUAAUAUUAGUCCUUCAAUUUAGAGAGGUGUAAUCAACAUGAUUCUAAUAAUACGCUCUGACUUUAUCAGCAUUAAUGUGCGCCUAAAAUGUUACUUCUGAAGAGGUUUUCUUCCCUUGGAACACUUUAUAUUUUGGGUGCUGUGGUUUCAUUAAUACCAUUUUUUGACUUAUGCUUCAUGUGAACCAUAUCCUGAUAUACCAUUUUUCUGCAGCUGGGCUCGUUUGACCUGACAUGUACAAGAUUUUAUUCUGCUGAAGUUGUGUCAGCUUUGGAACAUCUUCAUGGAUUAGGAAUCAUUCACAGGUACUAUCUGUACAGCUGCUAGUAGAGAAAAUAAAAUACUAACAGUUGUUUCAAAUUAUCAAGCGAUCAAAACAUGACAAACCUUUUUUUCUGCUUGAAAGAAUAAAUAUAUGCAGGAGUCUUCUUUCAUCUCUACAACUUUUGUGGAUUAUUUCCAAUGAAAAUGUGAUUACAGUUUGGUUUCCUUUGAUUGUUAUUAGGGACUUGAAACCAGAAAAUAUUCUCAUGGACGCAGACAUGCACAUAAAGAUCACUGACUUUGGUACAGCUAAGAUUCUAAGUGAUGGUGAAGUUAACGAAAAAGGUUAGAAAACUUAAACUUUCAUUCAUUUCUUUUGCCUCUCGGCAAUCUUCCUUUUAUCAAGUUCCUGCUUCUAUAGCAGGAAAUAAUUUUACAGAUUUUUUGAAUAUGACUGCGGGGACUGGUUACUCCUGCAUGUAACUGUUAAUAUUCAAAGAGUGUUUACAUAGAAAAUAGGGGUUAUAUCCUAUGGCAUAAAGUGCCAUAGAAGAAAAAUAAAAGUGGUAAACAUGAUUAAUGCAAUAUAUGUGCAGAGUUCAUUUGGUAUGGCUGUGAACUGGCUUCCUGUUAUUUAUGAUCUUGGUAACAGUUUUAACUCUUUUAAAAUGUGUACUAAUUCAUGAGAUUUAGACAUGAGAUACACAGAAUUUUUGUUAAUAUUGUCACUAUUAAGUUGUUAAUAGUGACACCUUAAACUUAAUUUAAGCUGAAAUAAGAUGGUAAGGCCAGAUUUAACACUGUCUGAAACACAUCACCUCUAUUGUGUUUGGAUUGGCUGUAUUUUCUUUGACAUGGUGUAAAGAGCUUGUGAAAACCUCAGAGAAAAUGAAAAAAGUGAUUACUGUAUCCCUUCCAUUGAAAUAAAUCAAUUAUUGCUCAUUCACUUGAGGUAGCACCAGCAAGUUCUGGUGAAACUUUUGAAUGAAUCCCCUGCAGUGAUAAACAGAACUGUUAUUAAAAUUAAAUUGUUGCAGGGAGAAAUUCAUUUGUUGGAACAGCAGAAUAUGUUUCACCCGAGCUUUUAACAGACAAAAGAGCAGUUAAAAGGUAAGGAAAACAAAUCUUCUGAAACAGAAAGACUUUUAAGCAAAAUUAAUUAUAUCAUAAUUUGAUCUUAUAAUAUUUGAUUCAUUGACCACUUCAAUUAAUUUGAUUUCAAAAUAGCCACAUUCCUCUUUUCUGUUCUGUACAUCAAACAAACAAUAAACAAACAAACAGCCAAAUGGAUUAACAGUAAGUUUUCAGCGAAAUGUCAAAAAAUAUUUAAGUGUCAUGGUGUCAUACAGCAUCUGUAAAAUGUAUUCAUAACUCUUCACCACAUAAAGGACUUAUUUUGGCUGUCCAAUUAGUUACACAUGUGAGUUUUAGCAUGAAACUUCAAUUAAUAAAUGAUGUCUACAAUCAUUUUAGAGCACUGAGAAAAAUUCAUUGUUUGUUCUUUCAGCUCUGACCUCUGGGCUUUAGGUUGUAUUAUUUAUCAACUUCUAUCUGGACUGCCGCCAUUCAGAGCUGGGUAAUUCUUUUAUUUAGUGUUACAUGAUUAUAUACCAACCAACUCUAAAAAUGUCUGGCAAAUUGUAUGAAAUUGUUUUAAAUGGUCAAUCUUUUCAAAGACCUUAUGAUAAUUGUGAGCUCUCUGACAUGAAAGCUGACUUAAGUUUUUUCCCUAUUCAGUAUUACUAUUACAAAAAGAUGUGUUUUCAAGGACAUAGUUGAGGAAAACCCAUGACCCACGACCCCUGUCCAUGACCCCACCCACCCUUUGUGGGAUAGUUUUUUUUAAAGUCAACACCACACAAACCUUGUGAUUCAAUUUUUGAAAAAGUGCCCUUUUUGCAAAAGGGGUACAGAAGUCCUGUGAUCCCCCUUUGAAAAAUCUUAGUUAAGCUCCUCUUUAUUGAGGAGGAAUGUAGAAAGUACCCCCUCCCUUUGUUCUUGAACAUCUGUAGUACCCAUACUGAUGCUUAUUUCUUUCCCCUUUAUAGAAAUGAGUAUCAGAUAUUUAAAAAGAUUAUCGCCCUUGACUAUGAAUUUCCAAGUGGUUUCCCUGAAGUUCCAAAAGGUCUUGUCCAGAGUUUAUUGGUGAGUAUAAUUUUUAUUAUUUCUUUGAUGGGUACCUAAUAGUUUAUUGAUACCACACUGGAAAAGUGAUCAGGUUCCUCUCCUGCAGGGCAUCAUUUCGACACUAAGGUCUGAUUUUAGAUUGUACCACCCAAUUUUGGCCACUAGUGUCCGACUUUAGACAGUAAUGUCUGAUUUUAGACACUAUUGUCUGUUUUUGAAAACUAGUGUCCAACUCUGGACUGCAGUGUUUGAUUUUAGACACCAGAAUUCAAGUUUAGACAUAAGUGUCCAAUUUUAGACACAGUUUAGGACACCAUUUAUUAGACGAUACUUGAGUGUGCAAGUUUACAGAAGCGGCCAUUUUUUGGUUUUUGACCAGAUCAAUGACAAUUCUUUUUUAUGAUGUUAAUGGCAACAGUAUUCUUAAAUUAUUUACUGCAAAACAACUUAUUAAGGUCCUGAAUUGACUGUAGAUAUUAGAUCCAAAAUUGAGGCUUGGCUGUGAUGAGCAAGGAGGAUUUCCUUCGUUGAAAAGUCACGAAUUUUAUGAAGGUGAGAAAGAGCGUCGGUACUUGUUUAGUAGAUCCCUUAUAAUUCCAAAGAUUGCUUAAUAAGAAACUUCCACUUAUUAAGCUCUCACCUCUAAGGUGCAAACAUAAAUUCUCCUUACUGUCCAUCAGACAUUUCUCAUAAUUUUAGCUCUGAGAAUCUUUUGUUCAAUCCUCGUUUAGGAAUCGAUUGGGAGAAUUUGCCAAAUGAGACACCCCCUGAUUUACUACCAUAUCUGCCGUCAACAAGCACGAACGAAGAAGGCCUUCGGAGCAAGUUCAAGGUUAGAGGGAAGCAGCGCUCAGGGUUAAAAAUAUACCUUCGAUAACUGGUUAAAUGUGCGGCUGCCUGUUGUCCUGUUUCACUUGGUGGACAUCCAUGCGUCUGGAACUUCUUUUUUUUUUUUCAUUUUCUCUGUUGUUCGAGGGAAGUCUUAAUGAAGCACUUUCUUUUAACUCUUCCUGUUUGAUUGUGAGGGUCACUGGUGUCCGAAAGGAUUCUCAUGUGUUUUUCUUUCUUUCACAUACCAGUUGAGCCUUCACGAUAGCGACAGUGACGAGUUUGAUGACCAGCUGUUGGCAAGAUUUGGCCUGUCCGAUGAAACUCCACGGUCAAGUGGCCCUACGAACAUUCUCAAUCUUACGGAGAGCGAGAGAGAGGAAAGAUUAGCGAAGCAGGAGAAAGAAUCACCUUGGUGAGAGUUCUGUUAUGACACUUAGUCGUCCUUGGGCCAUCUAGCGAAUCUCUUCCCCUCCCCCCACCCUGGUAAUGGUGUUUAGUGUGGUUUUACUCCAAAGGAGAAUACUGCCUUGACUCUUGACUGACUUCCUUACACUUGUAAUGAUCUUGGUUCGGAGGAUUGGUUGUUACAUCAAACAAGUGAUAUUUUUCUUUUUUCUCAUCACCUCGCGACUUAAAACUUCGUUGAUGCUGUUAGAAGGAGUUCGUUUUUGGUCAGUCCUGGGAGUGGAAAGAUUAAACAUGCUGCGGGUGCUCAAGUGCUAACAUUCUGAUUUGGAACAACUUAAGUUGUUGAACAAACCCCGAGUGCGUACAAAAUCCUGAUUUGGAACAACUUGAGUAGUUGAACAAACCCAGGGUGCGUAAAACAUCCUGAUUUGGAACAACAUAAGUCGUUGAACAAUCCAUCCCAUCCCUGGGUGCGUAAUUUCAGAGAGUGUAAUGACGAAGGUAUUAUUUAUUUUGAGUCGCCCACAAUCAUUUUGACCUCUUACCUUCCGAUUUUGCGAUCGACUGCUGUACCAUUUGUAGUGCCCAGUACUCGUAGGUAGUGUGUCAGACAUGAUUUAUUUUUUACUGUGGUUUAUCUCUUGUAGGCACCAAUUUGUCGGAAAUAAUCUCAUUAUCAAGACCGGUGUUGUGGACAAAAGAAAGGUAAGCUAGCGGGUUAGUGCUUUUAUUUAUUUAUUUUAUUUCAGUUAUUUGACCGAAAUAAACUUUGCGGCUUCUCUGCACGGCAAUAUAUUGGUUAUUUGUUUCGAAAAGGUUUCAGUUUAGCGCAAAGUUCAUCCUGGAUGGCAUUAGUCUUUUUGCUUUACUUUGCUCUGUAAUGGUCUAGAAUACUCGCCAAACAGACGCAAAGAGAUCAAUGUGAGCGAAUGCAGGCUACCUGCCCUUAGGCGCCUCUGUCUUCUGUGAUGUGUAAUUUGAACAUAAUCGUUGUUUGUUAGUUCUAAUGUCAGCGCCCAACAGCUGAUUAUUUUGUCACUUCUCGUUGCCUUUUUUUGCUGUGCAAUAUAUGGAUACUAAAUGGAGACUUUAAAUUUGUAUCACCUUUUUGAGCCGCGAGUUAAAGGCAGUAUUGUGGACCUAAGAUAACGUGAAUAUUUUCAUCUCUUUCCGGUUUAAACAUCUUCACCCCUUUUAUCAUUAUCAUAACUUUUGUUCUUUUAUCAGGGUCUCUUUCCUCGCAAAAGAACACUGAUUCUUACAGAGGGUCCGCGGCUAUAUUACGUUGAUGCACAGGCAAUGGUUCUGAAGGGAGAGAUUCCAUGGUAAAUAUUCAGAGUUUUUGGAAAGUUAGUUCAGUUAGAUGUAUUGAAAUAGGUGAGUCUCCAGAACCUGUAGUACGUGUAGUGUUCGUCUGGCGUCGAUCAAAAGACUUACAACUUAAGUAAUGGUGUCACUUGUGUAUAUGUGGAAGGCAUUUCGCCGUUUUGUUAAGAGUAUUUAAUUGGAAACGACGAACAGUUAUCUCGAAUGUUGCUGUCGAAGGAAGAAAGAUUUAGACCCGACGCAAUCUUUAAACGAGGACAUGAACUUAGUUAAAUCCAGUGAUACUUUUCUGUAAAGUGACCGGUAUUUCAAGGUUGAGCCCAGUGGGUGGGGUCGGUGAGGUAACAUAUCCAGUAAGGGUUAACAGUGGUAAUAGCAGUGAUAUCUAUUGAGGAUACCAUUGUCGCAAGAAUGGUUUACAGAAGGGUCCUCUCCAUUCAAGGAAUCUCAUAUCGAGACAGGUGAAAAGCCACCACUGGAACCGAUUGAUUUUAAUUAAAACAAAUGCUUGUAUCAUCUGUAGGACAAAAGAUCUCAGACCAGAAGCUAAGAACUUCAACGUUUUCUUCGUUCAUACGGUAUGCCGUAUUCUGAUUUGCAUUAAAGUAGCCAGUUUCUGAACUGGAAUCUCUUUCCAGACUAACGAACGUAAACAAUUUAUUUACAGCCUAAACGUAUUUAUUACUUGGAGGAUCACACGGGAUACGCCAUGGAUUGGGUCAAAAAGAUCGAAGAAGUCCAUCGCGUUUACUUCGGAGAUACAACACAACUCUAAGUUUGUACUUCGUGAAAGACGAACAAUCUAAACUUCUUUUCAGAGUCGUUUUCCAGAGACUGUCGAAUCAUAUCAGAAACUAUCUUUAUAUAAGUUGUUUGAGUUAAUUAGAAUGCGAAAUUUUUUUCUUUCUUUCCAUCAAUGUAAUAUUUCUCGCGUGACUCAAAUUUUCGCGCUCUUGGCAUCACGCGGUUACUCUUUUUUUCCCGCCAUCCUUGCCUCUCGAUUUCUGACUCGUUUUGUGUCUACUUUCGUGUUGACUCGGUACCAGGCUCCUCCGAGCUUGAGAAUCUUCAUUGAACUUAGUUUUUAUAGUUUUUGAGAUUGCUGCCAGAAAACUACUAUUCAAACUCUCACGGACAUUUAUCACAGGUCGAUCUAGAAAGACUUGUUGAUAUCGUAAGAAUGUCUCAUGGUCUUAUUAUCGACUAAUCUCCAAACGCUUGUAAAAUAAUAUAAACAAUAUUAACGGCCGGAUUGUGCCUUCACCAGAAAAGUGGUUCAAAUUAAUGAUGUUAUCAUUUCACUGAAGUUUAUGUCGUUCUCCUGUUGAAAUAGUGUCCUCUACAGCCCUUAUUUGAAUAGUCACGCUUAGCAACUGUAAACGCAUGCAGCACUUUUUACGUGACAAUCAUCACGUGACGCUGAUUACGUGACUAUCUGAACAACGGCUGUGCUGGAAUCUAGUAACUAGAGUAAACACCUAUCUGACUACAAUAGAGAUUAGGUUAAGGAAUCUUCUUUUGAUUUUGAUCCAUGUGUUCUCUACAAAGUCUACAUACAUAAAUAAACGCUACUAUAGUGACUAUAGAAGAUUGUAAAAGGACAAAAAAAAAUGAAUUAAGUCUUGAUUAAGUAAUAAACGAUUAAAAGCUAUGAAACUUA